AUGCUGGCCGCCUACGUCUCCCGCGGCGACGUCGCGGAGGCGCGGAAGGUGUUCGACGGAAUGCCGGACAGGGACCUGGUGUCCUGGAACACGAUGAUCCACGGCUACGCGGUCAGCGGGGACGUCGGCGCGGCGCGGGAGAUAUUCGACGGGACGGCGGACCGGGACGCCUUCUCCUGGAGCUCGAUGAUCUCCGCGUACGCCAAGGGCCGCCGCUCCAAGGAGGCGCUGGAGCUGUGGAGGGAGAUGCGGCUGGCGCGUGUCGCGCCGGACUGCAUCACCAUGGUGAGCGUUCUCUCGGCGUGCGGCGACGUGGGCGCGCUGGCCAUCGGCGCGGAGGUACACCAGUUCGUCGAGGACGACAGGGUCGAGGUGGACGUGAAGCUCGGUACUGCUCUCGUCGACAUGUAUGCCAAGUGCGGUGACAUCGAGAGCUCGCUGAGGGUGUUCCGUGCCAUGCCGGUGAAGGACGUGCUCGCUUGGAGCUCAAUGGUUAUCGGGCUGGCCAAUCACGGGCUUGGCCAUGAUGCUCUCGGUUUGUUCUCGGAGAUGACAUCGGAAGGGCUGCAGCCAAAUGAGAUCACCUUCAUUGGAGUUCUUAUCGCGUGUACUCAUGUUGGUCUAGUGAGUGAGGGCAAGAAGCAUUUCAGCUCAAUGAGCGACGUUCAUGGCGUGGCGCCAAGGAUCGAGCACUAUGGGUGCAUGGUGGAUCUUUUGGGGCGUGCGGGCCAUGUUGAGGAGGCAAUGGAGCUAAUCAGGAGCAUGCCGUUUGAGCCAGAUGCAGUUAUCUGGAGAGCACUUCUGGGAGCCUGUCGCAUCCAUAAGAAUGUGGAGAUUGCAGAGGAAGCUAUGGCCAGGUUGAGGGUGUUGGAUCCUCUUGCUGAUGGACACUAUGUGUUACUGUCCAACAUAUAUGCACAAGCAAACUCGUGGGAAGGUGUUGCAGAAAUGAGAAAGACGAUUAGGAGGGAGAACAUUCAGAGGGUUCCUGGAAGAAGCUCGAUCGAGUGGGAGAACACGGUUCACGAGUUUGUUUCUGGUGAUAGAUCACAUCCGAGGUUUGGGGAGAUAUACAAAAUGUUGGAAGAGAUGAUGGACCGGUUGAGACAAGCAGGAUAUAGGCCAAUGACAAGCUUGGUAUUGCAAGAUAUGGAUGAGCAAUCUAAGACACAAGCAUUGGCUGAACAUAGUGAGAAGUUAGCAAUUGCUUUUGGGCUGCUGACCACCCCUGCAAGGUCAACUCUUCGAAUAACAAAGAAUCUCAGAGCUUGUGAAGACUGCCACUCGGCCAUUAAGCUUAUAUCCCUGGUAUAUGACCGGAAGUUGGUUGUUAGAGACCGAAACCGUUUCCAUCAUUUCAGUGAAGGGAAGUGCUCAUGCAAGGAUUACUGGUGAAGUUACAAGCUUUUACCA